AUGACUGAGAGAAAAAGAGACAGUACUUCGAAAAGUACUGAAUCCCCACUUGGUGACUUUAGAACUGAUAUUACCGAUGCCGACGUUGAAAGUCACUACAAAAGCUUGAUCCAACCUAAUAAUGUGUACGCGAACAAUGCGAAUCAGACAAAACACGAGAUUCGAGCAUUGAUGGAUGCGCAUUACCAUUUGAGUGAGACGAACAGAAAACAAGAAAGCAAAAUCAGAGAGCUAGCAAAGGAAGUUGAUGAACUAAAAGAAGCCUUGUCGAAUGCGCGAAAGAAUGAUCGACCAGAAAACUAUGAAAGAAAGCCGGUGAAUGCUGAUGAACCAAGUUCUUUUGAGAACAAUCAGCGAGAAACCCUAGAAACAUCUGAAUCAAGUCAACAUGAGAAAAGCUAUUCUAUUAGUGAUAUUUCAGCCGACUACAAUGAAUCAAGACAAACUAGAGAAGAACGACGAAACAACAACAUAGAGACGAGAAUCGAUUCUAUGUUCGAGGCCAUCGUUAAAGUCACAAAACAAUAUGAGAUUCUAAAGGCCGAAAACCGAGACGCUUUUCAAACUAUUCGUCAGAACCAGCGAGAAAUGAACGAAGACUUACAGAUGAACAUAAGUCGUGUGAACGAGCUCUUUCCACAAGAGUCGUUUGAAACUUCUUUGGCGAAACUUCACAAAAGAGAUUCAAUUUGA